UUCUGUAACUGCAAGUAACAAUACAAGUCAUUGAAAUAAUUCGUAUAUGGUGAUAACCGAACCAAAAAAAACGAUUCAGAGCAAGAACAAAAACGAAGUAUUUAUAAUUGAUAUAAUUUAAAAUAAGACUGGUGAUUUUUAUGAAAGUUCUCAAAGCUACUAAUUCAUAUAGAUUCUAAGUAGUCAAUGCUUUUUAUUUUUACAUAAUUCAUGAUCUUAAUGUAGUGAAUGAUAAUUCGUAUAUCAACAAUUACUUUAUUAGUUUAUAUGCGCAUGCGGCUCAGGAAGAAUAGAAAGCUGAUCGAAGAAAGCCAUUCACUUCAUGGCUAACAAAUGAUCUCUGAGUCGUGUUUCGCUAGUCGAGGCAGCAACUAUGCUUUGCAAUGGAGUUUUAAUUCGCCAGAUGUAUAUAGACUACAUGUAGUGCACAUCAAUUUACAUACUCGUGGUGAAAAGACGAAAUUAAAGAUAAUUUACUUAAAAAAAAAGUUUUUACAAUAACGCUCGUAUUGAUGUUAAAGUGCAUUAAUAAUGUGAUUAAUAAUCUUCAAAAAUUCCAAGGAGAGACCAAAAGACGAAAAAGAUGGCUAUUCCACGCCACGGACUUUCAAUCGUUGAUGUAUUUCAACUUCAUUUUCUGCAAGAUUCUCGGAAUAUUUCCGUACAGAAUCAAGGUUUCGACUUUCGAGAGAUCCAAAUCAGGAUACAUUCUCUGGACUAUCAUCACCUGUGUCAUUUGCAUUUAUGAGCUGAUAAUGUUCUAUAAACUCAAUUUUUCUGGAAGAGUCAGGCUUGAAGUACCCAAAACUAUUACGUACAACUUCCAUUUUGUGCUGGGAGCAUUCGCAGCGAUUGUCUGGCGUGUUUCGAGCGAUCGGCGAAUGCGUUUGCUCCAGUGUAUACAAGAAAUUUCUUCAAGAUUGCCCGCGGAAUCGUAUCAGAGGCUAUCCAAGCUAAUUCACGCCAAAGAUAUCUUCGGUUUCAUCUUCUUAUUGUGGCUGUUGUUGAUAUUUCUUUUAAAUUCUUCUGAAAUGGUUAUCGAUACCACGUUCGAGUCAUUGAGAGUGUACAUCGCCAUGAUAGUGUUUCAGAUGGAUAUGCUGUAUAUGAAUUGCGUUUGUGUCUUAAAGGCCUGUUUAAAAGAAAUCAAUAACACUCUAGAGAAUCUGCGGGAGCUCUGCGUAGUGAACGAUAUCUCCAGACGGAUAGACGAUGAGCAAAGAAAUCCGUACAUGCUGACGGAACUCAAAGCUCUGAAGAAGCAACAUCUGAUGAUCAGCGACACGGUACAGAUGCUGAACGUAAUCUUCAGUCUACAGCUUCUCGGUACCAUAGUGGUAGUCUUCAAGCAGAUCACUUUCGCCCUGUACUUCCAUAUAGUACAGUGGCAAGACGGAAUAUCCAUUAGCCUGGAUAAGCAGAUUCGUCAUGAAUUUUUUGUGUCGCUCAUAAUGUAUUAUCUUAUAAGAAUAGUAUUGGUAGUAUGGGCCUGCGAAACCGGUAAAAAUGAAGCGACAGAAAUUGGUACUACUAUUCACAAUGUGCUUAAUACCACCACAGAUGAGCAAAUAAAAUAUGAGUUGCAGCUGUUUUCCAUGCAAAUAUUGCAUUGCAAUAAUACUUUUUCCUCGAAAGGUCUUACUGUGGAUGCGACACUUCUCACUGCGAUGAUAAAUAGUAUCACUACGUACCUAUUAAUUUUAAUACAAUUUUUGGGUACAUCGCAUUCUUGCGACGGAAAGACUGCAAUCAAUGGUACAGAAGCGUUUUAAUUAAAAGAAAGUA